CGCUCAUUUCUGUUAGAGUGCUUGGAGACUUCACUUCGCGUUUGGAGGAUCAGAUCCACGUUGGUUUUUGGCUUCAAUUACCCACAACUGUCAUCGUCAGCCCAGUCAGCGCCUUGCUAACUAAACUAGAUAAUAAAGUAAUCACAACCCCGCGCUCCCCUCCCUCUCUCUUUCGGUCGUGUUAGUGCGCUCCGCGAUUAAUAAAAGAAAAGAAUUAAAAGGAAAGCAAAAGGAAAACUGACAGCGUUUUCCUCUCGCAGCUGAGAAAAACCGCAGGACGCAGCUCAGCAGCAGCGUCGCAGUCGUGUGCGUUGUGCAUAAGAAAAAAAGAAGAAAAAAAAUCUUGAAAAAAGAAAUCCUGUAAUAUUGCAGAAAAAACCGUAAUUCGCCACUUGAAACAAAGGAAAACGAGGAAAAACAACUGCGUCGUGCACCAUUUUGUGAUAUAUUUUUUGCCCUCCUCCUUCUUCAACGAUCCCUGUGCAAUUCUCUGUUAAAGAAAAAAAUAAAAAUAAUUACUAGCAACCAAUUGAAUUUCUACGAGACCAACAUAACACACAAAAAUUUCCAACUACUGUGAUCCGAACAAAGCUCUAAGUUUUUGUUUCAAGCCUGUGUAAUUUCCACCCACAACGAAUUGGAAAACUCGUACUCCGGAUUAUUUGCGGCAGUCACGAAGCAAAAAACACAAGCGCAGCCUAAUAAUUGGACGAACUGAUUAAACAACAGUUAAAACAAGGCCCGCAAAAACAACGGCGGAUCAACAGUUGCCAGUUGCGAGUCGCAAGUUGCAAGUCGCUAGUUGCACGUUGCCAAUCUGAAAAUUGCACGCUUCCACGACUGAGAGCAGGAAGGAAAGGAAUCGCUGCCGCAGCAGGAAGCAGACGAAACUUCGCUGGGCGAAAGUAAAAGCAGGCUAGGCAAAUCAAGCAAAUCAAACAAAGAAACCGACCGCACAGACACACAAAGGCGCUCUAGCCAGCCAUGGAACGUGAAUCUAACCCAAUGCAACCCAUGUGCCGCUCCGGUUGCGGCUUCUAUGGUAAUCCAGCCACAGAUGGUCUCUGCUCCGUAUGCUAUAAGGACUCGCUUAGAAAAAAGCAACAGCCACCUGUGAGCAGCACACCUGUCUCCGUUCCAAGCCCACAACCUAGCCCCACAUUCAGUCCGGCCAUCGCAAUCACCAACACCGCACAGCCCACAGUCACCAGUUUACAACAGCCACACAACGAUGUCAAAGAGAAAAUCACCGAAGAAGCCGCCGCUGCUGCCAAAGUCAACAGCGAAGCCAUCACAUCGGCGACUGGUCCAAACACUUCCACACAAGCAGCCGCCUCCGCCAACGAGGAGGAUGACAAGGACAAGGAAGACGAUAAGGAUGCCAAAAAGAAGAAGAACCGAUGUGGCGAGUGCCGCAAGAAGGUUGGACUGACCGGUUUCCAGUGUCGCUGCGGCGGUCUGUACUGCGCCGUGCAUCGUUAUUCUGAUAAACAUAACUGCACAUUCGAUUAUAGAGAGCACGGCGCACAGGAAAUCCGACGCAACAAUCCGGUUGUCGUUGGCGAGAAGAUUCAAAAGAUUUGAAUUUCGAUAUUGUGCCAGUAACAGUAACAGUAGCCGUAGAAUGAUAAUAACCAACUACACAUAAUAAGAGUACAUAUAUAUAUAUAUGCUGCGCUAUAACAAGGAAAACAACAACCAACCAACAACCCACAACAGCAAAAACUCCAACAGCCGAAAGCAUAAACACACCCACACACAACACAAAAAUACACAGAGAGUAAUACUAAAAGAAUCGAUAUAAAACUGUAAUUGUAAUGUAAUUAUAAUGUAAACAGCAAAAGCAAGCAACAAUAGUUCAGAGAAACGAUAACCAAAUACCCCGCAAAAAAUGCAGCAACAACUGGAACAACAAUUUCGAUGCUCAACAACGUUAAGCUAGCAACGUCCAGCAGCAACCUGCGGCAGUAACAUGCCACAUGCAGCAGCAAAACGCAUCAGCAAGCAGCGUUCAGCAGCCAACACCUUUGUACAUCUUGAACCAGACGCGUGACAGCGUUAGCAAGUGCAACAACAAUCACCGCCGCGUUUGUGGAAUCCGAACAACAGACGCAGCAACAUCAACAACAACCAGCACAACCGAUUGCCUUGGUCGCCUGCUGAGCUGGGCCGAAAAAAAACAGUUUUGAAGAAAACACCAUUCAUUGAUUAACGUUGAAAUAAUUUGUUAUUCCAAAUACAAUUUGAAAAUUGUUUGUAUUUAGCUAAAAACACAUCAAACAACACACCGCCACAUUUACAACGACAACAAGCACACAACAAACCUUUGUUUCAUGUUACCAAACACCGCAACAAUCUUUUAGUAAGACAAUGUGUGUCAUUUGUUUUUGUAAUAUGUUGGAGUGUAUUAAAUAAAAAAAAAGUAAAUUAAAAAUGCAAAGUAUGAAAAGAAAUUUUAAGAAAAAUUUAACAAGCCCAAAUUCACAUACAAAAACCAACCAAGCAACCAACUCUUUCUCAAUUCUUAAUUAUCAUCAGCUAUUAAAUGAAAAAGAAAAAACUAAUAUAUAUUAAUUAAUUAUGUAUAUGUAUUAAAAAAGAAAAAGCAAGAAAAAAAUAUGCAAAAAUUAAGCGUAAAAAAACAAAGCCCUCACCACACAAAAAAAAUGUAAAAAAAAAACCUGAAGAAAAGAAACCAAGAAUAACGCAGUUGUGUAGAGCUCCCUAAAAAGUUUGCUAAGAAUCCACGACCACGCUACCCACGAGCGAGAGAGAGAAUAGCUAUAGAGAGAGAGAGAGAGAGGAGAAGCGCGAUUAAUGUAAAGCAACUUGGAGCAUAACAACUCCCUAUACAUAGAAAUCUAAAUAUAAUUAUAAUUAAUUAGUGAAUCAAACCAGGCGAAUGCAGUGCAAGCGGCGUUUUUUUUCUUCGUUUUACUUUUUGCCCUCCUGUCCCUCUAACAUUAAAUUGAAUUGAUUUUAAUUUUCUGAUUUUCGAUGAAUUAUAUAUAUAUAUAUGCAUAAUAUUAACUAUAUCUACAUCUAUAUAUGGUAGGAUAUGUAAAUCGUGUGAAGCAUACACACAUAUAGUUUCUUUGGGUAUAUGCACAUUAAGGCGAAAAACAAAAGAUAAAAACCAUUUAAAAAGCAUAUUCUAUCUAUAUAUAUAUAUAGCGGUUACAAAGAAAAUUCAGCAAAAAUGGCAAACAAAAAAUGCAAAAAAUACAAUAAAUAUAUAUGGUUCGUCUUUAGAUUUUUAUUGCUUUAAGCGUUAUUUAGUUUUUCUUUGUUUAUAUUAAAACACACAUGCGUACACAACAAAACAACAAACCCCUUUUUAAUUUAGCUUUCUCCAUUCUGUAGUACAUAAUUUACAAUUUUAUUCAAAUCAAUUACACCUAUGCAAAUAAAUUUAAAUCUAGAAAUAAAUUGUGUUGUUAACCCUAAAAAAAGGAAAAAAACAAAACUGAAAAAAAAAUCAAAACAAAUGUUGUAAGUAAAACUAAACUUACCAAUAACAAAGAGGAAAUAAUGCAAUAAAUUUGAUUCUAAAAUUACAAUUCCCACAAGACCAAAACCAAUCCAAUAAGUACAUUUGGCACACAGAACUGAAAGUAAUCGCUUUCGCACCAGCAGCAAAAUAGAAGCCGACACCAAACUCGCCUUUAACCAAUCGCCUUCCCACUGGGAAUACAUUUCGCGAGAUCGAAUCUAUCUAGUGGUGUUUCCCAAUCUUGGGUAACACUCCUAGUUACACGUCGAUCUGGGGAAUCUCGUGUUCAAAGCGGGUCCAUAGUUGAAGCUGGUUCGCAGCCAGCGAGACCUUCGAGACCUUCCUUGUGCACAGGAGAUUCUGGGCAGAAGUUAAGCAAACCAACCAAGCAAUAGUGAAGUCCAGCCACAUAGGGGGUGUUUAGUCAAAACAUUUGAACUGUACAAAAUCAGAGAUGAAAAAUGCAACCUAGAAACGAACUUCAAUAUAAUUUUAAAUGAAAGACGAUACCGAAAUGUACAGUCGGAGAUAAAAUGGGAGAAAUUAUAGGGAUGUGAGAAAACUGCAAUUAAUCAACAAGAACAGCUAAAUGUCAUUUAAAUUUAAUUUUACCCCCACCACACAAUGAUAAAGGCAACACUAUACAUAUACGUAUAUCAUAAUUUAAUUGAAAACUAUAAAAUUAAUUAGAAAAAUUGUAUACAUACACGAACACACACAAUAUGGAUUUUAAGAAUUACCAAACAAACCACGGUUUAAAAGCGUUUUAAAACUGAUUUACCAACUUCGAACAGCGGAAAAUUCGAAGUUGAAUCAUAUGAAUAUAAAGUUCGAAUCGAUUUAAAACCCAUUUCAAUAGUUUUUGCAUAGUUGUAGUUUUCAGUUACAAUCAUUUACAAUGCUUAAGUGUGCUUUUAGUUGAAAUUGUGUUUAUAUAUUUAACGAAAAGAGUAAAGUGAAAAGGCAAAUAAUAAUUAUAACUAAGCGUAAUAAACUUUUAUUAUAAUUAACCACAACGUUUAUUCUAGUAGUUCUUUAUUAUAUUACCAGAUUAAUUAUUAUUUUGUUGUGUGCACCUCUUAGUCACUUUUGCGCUUAUAAGCUAAUCAAACAACACGCAAGCAAUCACUCCCAUACCGAUAUCAAUCUUAAUCCCAAACCCAAUUCGAAUCCCAAUCCCGAUCCUAAGUUUCCCAGCCUGAGAAUCCAAUUUCUGCCAAACUCUACUUGUGUUAAAAUCUUUUGCAAUUGCUAGCCGAAUUCGAUGUUUGUUUGAACUCUUACUUUGGAUAUGUGAAGUGUUUUGUUGACAGCGGGAGCAGAGAUGGAACGAAAUUAGUUGAUUUAAGCGUAUGAAUGGGAUUUAAUGAACUUGAAUAUGAAUGAUGCAUCCAAUAUCUAAAACUCUAUGCGUAUAUAAAUAUUGUACUAAUGUGUAAUUGUAAUUAAAAUGCGUCGGAUGAGAAUAUCUGCAGCCAGUUGGGUGGAGAAACAGUGAACAUAUAUUUAACACAGAAACGGUAAAGCUAGAAAAUCUAAAUAGAAAUAGAUAUAUACUUAUACCUAAACUUGAGCCUCAGAUCCGGGCGUAUAUAAGAGCAACAACUAUUUUAAUUAAACUUAAACAAAUGCAUAAACAAACAAAUACAAUAACAUAGAAGUUAAAGCAAGAGCAACCACAAAAACAUUUGAAAUGAACAAUGAACAAUGAAAACAAUAUUAACUUCAAAAUUUAUAUAGCAAACUGGAUAAUGUUCAAUAAAAGGCGAUAAUAUAAUUUUUAAAAACAUUUGCAUUUUUCAUUUUAAUUUUGCGAUUUUGUUUUGGACGCAGUUAUUCAAAUAAUUUUUUUUACCACCUUUCGAUAUCCAUUCGGAACCGAAGCCAAGCCAAGGUGCUAAGUAGUUUAGAUGAUGAAGAAGAUGAUGAGGUGGCUCAAUGGCCAAUUAUGAGUAGAUCGAGUGGCUCUGGAAUGUGUUUCAAAAUGGUUCGUUCGCUCUUCAUGCAAUAGUUAAUAGCCUAACUAAAGUCACAGCAAGUGUUCAAAAGUAAAACUCAGUAACUACCUAAACUCAGCAAGUAAAUAAUAAUAAAUUUGUGUGUUUGCUUAUUUCGUUAUGAUAAUUUUUAAAACAGAAUAACACAGUUAAUACUUUUGAAUGAAGAAACAAAAGAAUAAGGUUUUGAUCUGUCUAUAAAUUAAGCUGCUAAAAACUCCAAAAACCUAUUUGAAAGCCCAACCAGACAAAGAAUUAAAGCAACAAUUACAAUAUUUGACAGAUUCUUCGCGAAUGGUAAAAUAAUGAAUGCUUAGAUCUUAAGACAAAUCGAAAGAAAUAUAUAUAUAUACGAGAUACAACAGUUAAAUGAAUGAUGCAGCAAUGUCGUAUGGAAUAACAGAAACAUAUAUCUUAAGUAUAAAUGAGUAUAUAUAUAGACUAUAUAUACACACAUAUGUAUAUCUGAUAAAUGAGAAAUCGCUAAACUGAUAAAAUUAAACCUAAGUAAAAUUAAAAGAAAAUACAAAACACGGAAAGAAAUGGAACUAAUAAAGAGAAUUAUUCUGAGAAAUAUAA